AUGGCGACUCCAGAAGAGGCAGAGAGAAUUGUCAAGGAGGUGACGGAAUAUUAUGGAUAUCUGGAUCAUGACAUGAUGAACGAUAUCGGUCGUUUCAACGCCGACUAUCGUCGAAGGAUUGAUGAAAACUGGCUCAAGAUGGAGAACGCCGCAUCGCAUUCCAUCAAAGUUUUAGCAAGAAACAUCUACGGUAGCGGUGCCAGAUUCGUGUUCGAGCUUCUCCAAAAUGCCGAAGACAACAGCUUUAGAAAAGCUGAUAAGAAGAAUGACCCCCCGUUUAUCUCCUUUCAGGUUCACCCGAAACGUAUUGUUGUCGAAUGCAACGAGGACGGGUUCACUAGUUUGGAUCUCAAGGCGAUAUGCUCCGUCGGAGAAAGCACCAAGACUGCGAAACAUGGAUACGUAGGUGCCAAAGGCAUUGGUUUCAAAUCUGUCUUUAUCGCUGCAUCCCGCGUGCACAUCCAGUCCGGAAACUACUCGUUUGGGUUCCGACAUAACAGGAACGACCCGGGCCUCGGCAUGGUGAGACCCAUCUGGGUGACGCCGACGGACCCAAUUCCUAGUCCCCUUACUCGCACGACACUUUAUUUGCAUGAUCAAGGUAACGAGGAUGAGAUAAAGCAUCUUAAAAUGGUCAUUUCCAUGCAGUUUGACGACCUCCAAGAGACUUGCCUCCUUUUCCUACGAAAAAUAGGCAGGAUUAGUGUCGCCUUUUAUGAUGGACAAGGAAAUCUUCGGUGUUCGAAGCAGUUUACGAAGAAGAGGAUCGACGACUAUCGUGUCUCUUUAGAAACAACGGUAUUUUCAGGGGACAAAGCAACUACAACAAGCCAGAUAUAUCACAUUACGAAGCAGUUAGCUAAGGGUCUAGCGCAGAGUGAGAGUCGCGAUGCUGCUACUACUGAAAAGGCACGGAGAAGUCUCACCUCCGCGGAAGUUGUCUUGGCCUUUCCACUGAAAAGUGAUUACCAGUCUUGCAUUUCUACAAAAAGACAAGAACUCUUUGCCUUUCUGCCUCUCAGGACUUCAGAAUACAAGUUUCACAUCCAAUCGGACUUUGAUACGAAUGCCAACCGGCAGGAUAUUGUGACUACGACAAGGAGAAACUUGAAUAUUCGUGAUUGGAUUGCCAAGACAUUUCUGAAGGCAGUGCUGGAAUUUAACCGACAUCCUACUCUUUGCUAUAGAUGGCCACUAUUUCUCCCGGUACAGGAUAGUGGGCAUGAUUCAUUCUGGUCCGGACUAGAUGCCAAGAUUCUAUCUCUAGUUCAGGAUACUCCUAUUCUAAGAUCGAGGAACAGGAGUGACUUUCGUCUGAUUAGCGAAGUCGUGAUAGCCUCGAAUGGCAUGACCCACAAUGGAGGCACACUCUUACUCGAUGACCCCAUCAAGGACCCCUUCAUCUCGGCCAAGUACCCGUCUAAGGCGACUAAGCAUUUGAAGCCCUACGGACUACGGGUAGCAUCCGCGCCUCUGUUUGUUAGUCUACUGAAAAGAGAUCUAAGCCAGCAUAACUCCAAAAUGCGCGCCAACACAACUGCUGAUGGCUGGCAUUCCUCAGUAGCUCGGAUGUGUUCCAAGAUAUUUGACAACGGCUGGAAUGGAACCGCAUUGCUUGAGUCACUUGAGGUUCUACCGCUGAGGAACGGUCACUGGGAAGCUUCUACGUCAGGCCCGUUCUAUUUUCCAAUGACGGGGGAUACGGAAAUCCCUAAGGGCUUAGACCUCAAAGUGCUCAGUAAAUCUGCCACUACCAACCCAGACCGGAGGGAGUUUUUUCGGCAUCUUGGAGCAACAGAGGCCACAUAUGAAAGAGUUCGAUCCACAAUAUUCUCUUCUUUCAUUGAUCUGCCAACCAUGAAGUUUCGUUUCACUUUUGACUGUCUCCGCUACUUGUUUCUAACACAGUCACGUUCUAAACACAAAGAUGCAAGCUACAAGAGUAUACGGCUUUUCACCGAAGAAAACGAAUUGCAUGGAACUCACAGCCAGAUUAUUUAUCUGCCUGGAGACGAGUACCCUUUCAACCCCGCCAGCCUUUUGGGGGAUGCUCCUGUGCCGCCAAACUUCCCUGUCCACUUUCUGCGCCUCGGAUAUCUCUCUAUCGAAUCAAAAGAUCAGGAAUUUUCCUUGUCCUCUUACAAACGAUGGCUCUGCGACUUUAUCGGCAUACACGAGAGGCUUAAAAUCUUGUCACCCAACCAAAAUGAGAUGUCACAGCCUUUUCAGUACGUCCUCACUCAUCGCCCAGCGAGAUUCCUCGGUCUUUUCGAACAUCUUUGGCUGCUAGAAGGAAAAGAAGUAUGGAAACACCAAACUGUUGUGUCUCAGAUUAAAAAAGUCCCUCUUCCGCUACCGGAGCUUGAGGAUUGUGCUCGCCGGUAUAUGGAGCAACCAGAGCAGUUUCUUUUCCUCAGUCUCGAAGAUGAUCGCAAUGAUGAACAAAUUCGCUCAAAGUGGAAUUUCUUGACCAAAUACUUUGGUGUUGGAAAGUCUAACGACUUGGAAUUCCUUCUCGAAAUACUCUACUGCAUCCGGAGAGAGGCCUUUGAAUGCUUUGGUGGCGACUCCGUCCUCGUAUCAUUCGAUGAUGAAGACCAGUCAAUGUGGUCAGAGCCUGAAUUUUGUGUCUGGGAUGGGCCAUCUGAUCUGGACUCUGUCUAUUCCCUGAAGUCGAAAUACAAGAGAAGAGGUUUGAGUAAUGAAGACCUCGGCAACAUUGGAAAGCUAUUUGUUGGGACAUUGGGCGUACGUAACAUAUCGGCUGAGCGUAUUGUGUCGGAACUCAAGUGCAGUUGGAACAGCUGUGCAGAUGAGGAGGAUGAAGGCGACAUUUUGAGCCUCUACGAAUAUUUGCAUAAGAGGCUCACAGUCACGCCUAGAGUAAGAGCUUCAUUUGAAGAAUCUCCACUCAUAAUUUUGAAGCAGCAAGAUGGACCAGACUGGCACAAGACCUCUGACUGCCUAUGGUCUAGCACGACGCCAAUUCGCGGUAAGGUGACGCUUGAAGCGACUUACGAAGACCUCAAAACACUUUUCGUCGGAAAGCUUGGUGUCAAACCGCUUACAGUGCAGAUGGUCUAUGAUGAGCUGCGACAAUCUCCUGACAGCAGCAUAGAAGGCAUAAAGGUUGCUCUAUUCUCUUUCAAUAACUUCCUCCAAAUCAAAGAUGGCAACUGGGAUCCAGAACCUAUCAAAACAGCGAAGAUAUUUCCUAUACUCUAUCCUGAUGGGACUACCGCCUUGCGGUUCAUGGAUGUGGACUUCGCAAUAGCAGAUCGGGAUAUCCUACGGUCCAAGUUCUUUGACAAGAUAGCUCUCCUAGACUUCAAGCUGGAGGAUGUACAUCGACUAAGACCAUUGUUUACCUGGCUGAAGAUCCAACAGCGAUACCUAUCUAGACCUAUCAAAUUUGCCGUUGCAGAGUCGCAGCCACAUUCAGGGGUCCGCGCUUUCAACAUAAAUGGCAGACAAUACGAAGCAACACUUUCGACAGCCAGCGAGCAUAUCGACGAGCCAGCUGGAUUACUAUAUACGUCCCGCGAGACCGGAGAGCGCAAGAACUAUGUUUUGGCUCAGUCUUCCCAGGAAGUCGAUAUCAUCAAUGCCCUCACUUCGAUUUUUGCCAGCGACCGUGCCGUUCUUGUCGAGAUUCUGGACGAUCAGGGCAUGAUAGACUUGCAGUUUGAAGACCCAGACGAGGAUUUGAACGAAGAAAUGAUGGGUGGUGAACAGGCCGAAGACAAUGAUGCAUCUGAUUCGACCCCAGAUCCUGGCCAAGGGACUUCUGACCUUGCUCUCACUCCAACUCAUUCAUCAGUGACAGAUGCCUCAAUUGUAUCAUCAGCGGUGCAAUAUUCCGAGGUCGAAGAGAGGGCUUCGGAGACUGAGGGAGAAAUAAUUGAGAUCCAAAGCAGGACAUCCCAUCAAGUUCGACGAGGCGACGGAAGUCCUCCGCAGCAGCCCCUACGACAUCACUCACCAGCUGGCAGACCUUCCAGCCAAGAGCAGUUGAAUAGCCAACGUCUAGUUCCUUGCAAUCCAAUUUCCCGAGCGACUGAGGACCAGCGAUAUCGAACGAUUCACGAAAAAUUCAUCGCGGCAGCUCGACUUGCGAACUUUCCAUCAGAUGGGGCAUUUGACUUGAAUGGCCUAUGA